AAUCAUUCCAACACUGCACGACGAAUCUCGUUUAUCUAUUUAUGGCGUCCAGUCAAUCCAGUACCCAGUCGAAUCGGGUUCCACACCCCAAACCAGCCAAGAAUUUAGCCGUUCGGCCGCGAGAAUUCCUGUGGGUAGAUUACCAGGACGAUCGAUCGAAAGGCCGUGAACUACUUCGGUCUAAGCAAGCUUUCGUGAGGACACGACAUCAUCGCUUACGGAGAGAAAAACAGCAACAAUGCAUCCCCGGACCGUUCCCCACUGGGCAGUGUCCACCGUCCCAUGCGGCCAAUACCUCAACCCGCCGUGUCUCAAGCGAUACCAGAGGUUCCGAUAGCAGUGCAGAUCAGUCCCCAGUGUUAGCCCGGUGUCUCGAAGCGGGGGUACUCGAUGGGGGCCCUGGUCUGGCUUUUAGCCCAAAUCAUAAUCCGAAUAUCUACUUCCAUCAUUAUCGAAUGCAUAGCGCAAGAGCCUGCUUCCCUCUCUGCUCCAGCGAUGUCACAGUUUGGUUUUGGCAAAAGGCACUCCAAGAUCCCGCAUUGAUGCAAAUAAAGUUGUCAAUUAGUGCAUCUCAUCGAGCUGCAAUUUUAGCAGCGUCGGGUGCAUCUACAAACACUGUGCAGAAGCCAACGCAUGAUGCGAUUCGCCUUCGUGUUGGAACGAUCAAAUCACUUCAAGGCAUACUACAGGAUACAGCCACAAUGUACUCCGAUCAAACAGUCUUUAUUAUUGCUCAUAUCAUUGUUUCAGAGGCUAUGGAGGCCAACAUAGAGGCUGUUGACACGCAUAUGAAUGGCAUGAAAAAAAUUAUUGAUGCCUUGGGUGGGAUGGAUAUGCUUGACCAUGGGACACUUGCUAUGGUCUAUAGCUGUCAGUUUUUGCGAGGCAUUAUGAGCGACUCAAUGCCGAUACUCGAAAUGUGCGCGAAAUUUCAAAGGAGAGUCCUUAAAGAAUCUGCUUUCUUCAAGUCCAAGAACCAAUUUACAGAAGGCUCCGCUCUUGGUACUCGCUUCUUCGACGCUCCUUGGUCUACGGAAAUUCACCCUACAUUCAAGUCAAUAAUUUCCUCAUUCCAGCAAAUUACGUCUUAUUAUGAGAGUUUUGCCAAUGUGGAUGUUGAACCGAUGUCCGUUGAGAAUGACUGCUUACUUUUCUUGUGUUACCGAUUAAAGUCUCUCCCAUUUCAGGUUUCUCUCACUCCAUUUGAAGAAACCCUGCGGCUCUCAAUUACGGCCUAUACUUGUGUCCGAAUGUGGACAUUAUAUGGAAUCCCAUGCCUAGAAUGUCUUGUUGAAAUGCUGCGGAAAAGUCUGUUUACGAGUCUCUCUGUCCUUCAGAGUACGGCGCCUGAUUUGCUUUUCUGGAUCCUUUUCACAGGCAGUCUUGCAUCGAGGGCAACGAAGUCUCAUUCAUGGUUUUUAGCACACCUCAAGGAUGUUGCAGACCAACUUUCCUUAAAAGAAUGGGAUCAUGUUGUCUCUUUGUUGGAGAAAUUCUUCUUUAAAUGCCGGCCUACUGAUGAGCCUGCGAAGGAAUUAUGGCACUCUACUUUUGGACUGGAUCUCGUGAUUGUCCAGGAGCAUCAGAAAUAUUAAUUUUAAGAGAGCACUGUGAAGCGGGAAUAUGAUAACAAAUGACGCUAAUUCCAAAU